AGCCGCACCCGGCGGCAGCCUUAAAUACCGAGGGCCUCCUUCGGCUUAGCACUCACCGACGAACCUUUUUCUUCCUCUCUUUCAGUUCCGCUCACCUGUCACUUUCCUGACCGACACUGUGAGAAGGAGCUACCCCCCGACCAGCCAUUUCUGCUCGUCAAUUUCCGCACCCCUUGCCAACAUGUCGUCGCCCUCGUCGUCCUCGCAAGUCGGAUUCCCUCGCUUCCUCGACCUGCCCGCCGAGCUCCGCUUCCAGAUCUGGGAGGCCGCCUUCGCCGCGCCAGCAGUCCUGGCCGCCGUCCACGUGGGCGGGCCCACAGCCGCAGACGCCGACGCCGUGGACGACAUCGACGCGGAAGCCCCCGCGUACGCCAUGAGCUUCGUCGGCCCGGCGCCGUACCUCGUGGGCCUGGCCUGCCGCGAGGCCAUGGCGCUGCUGCGGCGGCCCAACCGCUCGGGCGUCCAGCAGAUCUUCGGCCCCGCCGGUGUUGUGAUGGGCACCAGCAGCCCGUGGUCCAGGCGCCCGCACUGGGUCAACCUGGACACCACCGUCGUCCAUCUGCGGACCAGUGCGGAUGCGUCGGAGGUGCUGGGGGGCUUCGACGCCGAUGUCUUGCCCAGAUUCCGGCACGUCGCAUGGAUCUGGCAAGACUCGGACCCCCCCUACGGUGGCGGCUUGACCCGGCUCGUCAAGCUCUGCCGGUUCCUGGCCCUCGUCUGCUCAACCCUGGAGACCAUCACCAUCCAGUGGGACUGGGACGCCGACGAGCCGUGUCCCUUGACCCGGGAGGUGGCCGCCUUCUGCGCCGCCAUCCCCGCGUGCAGGGAGUGUCCGUGCAACGGAUGCGGGCUCGCGGAGGAGAUGCCCCUUUUCCGGCAGCGGUUGUUGGAGCAUUUCACCAACACGCCGCCGCCCCGGCUCCAUCUCCUGCCCCCGGGUUUCUACCAUCCGCUGCCGUAGCUUACAGCAGCAGCAGCCCCCCGGGGCCCCCUCCCAGGCUCAUUCCGUGCCGGAGUGGACGCGUCGUGCGAGGAGGAUGGGGUACCGAGUACCGACGAGGACGAAAGACGCGAGCGUUGAGGGCGAGAGUGUGUUCGCAGGGUUGCGGGACUGCUCAGCCAACCAGAGCAGUCUGCACGGGAAAAGGGGCAACCACCGAUGC